UUUUUUUCUAUAGUCUACAUUUCUCCUCUGGGAGGUGCCUCCGUAAGGAUCCUCUUUCGGCUCCUGAAGCGGAAGAGGGGAAGGCGGGACUUCCUGCACCGCUUGCUUCCUCGUUCCGGUUGGCGGGUUAUCUCUUCUUCCUCUUUAUGACAACGGUACCUAGUCCUGUUCUACAUCAUUAAACUGGAGCUUCUUAGCCCCUUGGUUAUCCUUCUUUCUUAUGGAGGAUUUCCCUCCUUAGGUAACAGAAAAGAUGCUUGACAAUAUCAAAGGCUGGGCUGAAUAUAUUGUGGAAUGGGCUGCAAAGGAUCCAUAUGGAUUUCUGACAACGGUGAUCCUGGCUCUUACGCCCCUCUUCUUAGCAAGUGCAGUACUGUCAUGGAAACUGGCAAAAAUGAUAGAAGCCAGGGAGAAAGAACAAAAGAAGAAGCAGAAACGCCAGGAAAAUAUUGCGAAAGCUAAACGAACGAAGAAGGACUAAAAUGGCAACCCAACUGGACAGAACUUUUCUUAACCAAGAAUUUUUAUGUUUGUAUAUUUUUGUGUUGUAAUCUUUCUAGGACAUGGGUAUGAGCAAAUCAGAUAACUCCUGAGAUAAUUUGUUCUUUUUAAUUUGUGUUAUUCAAGUCUUGUUAAUUUUAAUAGCUUUUGAGAAGCAUUGUCCUGAGAUUUAAUUUCUAAUUUGGAAUGUAUUUGUAAACAAGAUGUCAGUAACAAUACAUGUAUGUAGUGUGUUAUAAAGUAUGAACUAUAAUUUUGUUGACUGAUUAAAUAUCUAGCUCCUUAUAA